CUAAACGUCACUAAAAGUCUCAAAGGACAGAAAUAUCCAACGAGCUUUGAUAGACUGAAACUCAAAAACAAAACCUCAUGUCAAGUCUCAUAUUAUUUUGAAGUACAGAUGUCCCUGCCUGUAAAGUUCACCCUCCCAUACUCGACUAUUUCUCACUGUGGGGGGACAUUCCUCAAAACUCCGCCUCUGGCAGGCAGUAAAUCUCCCUGAGAGAGAUCUUACACUGGAGCGCUGUGCCAGGUGACAUGUUUGUGCAAAGCUUCAUCAUUGCACCCAUUUUGUCUCCCGCGUCAUAAAGGGCGGGGUGGCAAGGAGAGGAGGGGGAAAAAAAAGUGUUAAUGGGAUUAUAGAGGGUUGUGCACAUUUGGCUCCCUCCCUUCCUGUCUCCUAGAGGAAUGCCUGACUUCUGACUACACAGCUCUUUUAAAGCAAAUGUAAGCUCGCCCAUAAAAGAGCUGUUAAGGUCUUGGCAGCUUGCCUCUUGCCAUCUCUGGACAUGUGGGCUGAUACAUGGGAGGAAACUGUGCAGCAUUCCAGGCCAUCCCAGUUUAUUGAAUUUACAUUUUUAAAUUCUUAAAAAGAGAAUUGAUAUAAUACAACUGUCCCCCCCCCCAAAAAAAUCCCUCAAGUUCUCUUUCCUUGUAUUUUCAUUGGCCUUUGUCUUCAUGCACGGCCACCAUGUUGUUUUCCUAGUUUGAUUGCCAAGCUAAUUGCCCCAAUAAAAGAUUUACAUUGCGGUUCACAGAGGAGAAAGGACUGCAGACUCAUGCAGCUAAGGAUGGAGUCCUCCUUUAGCAGGCCUAGCCUGACCUCUUGUGGUUCUAAAACAACAAUCACUUUCCCUUUCAACCGCCCAUUCCACUUCCAUAAAGAUCCACUGGGAUCAAUAAUUUAAUAAACACAUAAUUAAACAAAUAAUACAUAUUCAAAUGCUGGAGAUUAGGUGUUCAUUUGGGAUGCAUUUGUUCAAUAUAAAAAAAAGGAUUAACUUUGUUUCCAAUAAAACGGACGGACACGAGUCAAAGGUGAGUGUUAUACGACCUUUUAAAAGUGCCUGGAAAAGUGAGGGACAUUGCAAACUUCCUGUUGUUUUUUUUAAGUGUAUAAAAAAACUAAGUACUCAAAUGACACCAAAUAGGGAAGUGUUGCAACACAAACUUUAUUUCCCUAAAGUUUUCAAAAACAACAAAAAAACACACACAAACUACUCUUAUCAACAAGCUUCUCUAAUCAGUUUCAUUCUAGUCCUGAUCAUUCGCAGGACUCGUUUUUUUUUUUUUCACCUAUUUAGCAUUUAGCAUGUUCUUGAUUUAAAACCAAUGUAUUUGAAAUUUGUGUUUGUAUCAAUUUUUCAUGAGCAGCCAGACCUACCCUUGCUUUCUUCACACUUGGAUUUACUCCAUGUACUAACUAGUUCAUCUCAAUGUUUUAAAUAGUUUUGGGUUCCGCGGAGCAAUCACAUUUCAAAUAAGCGUAACGUCCGGGAAAUCUCUGGUAUCGGGGAAUGUGGACAUCAAUAAAAUUAAAAGCCAUACUUGAACAUGAAGUCAGAGUAAAACUCCCAGAUGUCUCCAGCGUGGGCAUGUCUUCUUCAAUUUGGUUGUUGCACCAUGCGGGAUUUCCCAAGAAGACAUUUUGCACCUCCCUCUUUAUGAUAGUCGACACUCGCCUUGUCUUUGACCGACACUUCCAGACACUCCGAUAACACACAGAGAAGACAGACCAAGUGAGUUGAAGGACGAGCAGACACGACUGGGGCCACAUGCAAGAAACCAUGAUCGAAAUGGAAAUCCCCACUACAGAAAUCCCAGCGAGAGUCACCACUCUGCGCUUUACAGCUAGCAAUGACUCCAACUUCCUGGACUCGCCUUUUCGUUAUCAGCUUUUCCCCGCCGCCUAUGGCAUCAUCUUCAUCGUGGGCCUCUUUGCCAACAUUUAUGUGCUCUUUGCGCUGCGCUGCCUUCGGGGAGCUAAAGCCAUGGGGGAAAUUCGGAUCUACAUGACCAACCUGACCAUCGCCGAUCUCCUUUUUGUUUGCGCCCUCCCCUUCUGGAUCGGUUAUUACAGCCGCCAAGGCACGUGGGUCUACAAAGACUUCCUGUGCCGACUGACCGGCUCCUUGUUCUUCAUCAACACCUACUGCUCCAUCCUCUUCCUUUGCGCCAUCAGCGUCAACCGGUACUGGGCGGUCACCCGGCCUCUAGACGCGGCCUCGUCAGACCACAGGCGCCGCGGAAUUGUCGUUUGCGUGGUCAUCUGGUUGGCGACCAUCUCCAUGGCUAUUCCCUUCCUGGCCAAUCCGGGCACCAACCAGGACGGGAACGUCACCCGCUGCUUCGAGGGCUACCACAACGGGGACGACUCAUCCAAAAGGGCUGUGGCCGCCACGCAUUUCUCAAUCAUCGGACUGUUUUUUGUCGUUUUCGCACUGGUGGUGGUGUGUAACCUUCUCAUCGCCCGAGCUUUGUUUUCCCAAAACGCUCCUCAGUCCGAGCUCAAGUCCGGAACGAUUUUAUCCAGGAAGUCCACUAUGACACUCUCAUCCAGGAGGCCCACUGGGGUGAAACGCAGGGCUGUGCAGAUGCUCAUGGCGGUGGUCGGUGUAUUCGUCCUGUGCUUCCUGCCUCAUCACGUACUCCAAGGCUUCUGGACCUUGGCGGUGCUGCAGAUCCAAAAGGGAUGGGGCCACGUGGACUGGGAUGGCGAGACCGUGCAGAUGCUCAAUGAUGCGCAUCAGAUCACAUUGCUUCUCAUGGGCCUCAACUGCAUUCUGGAUCCGGUGGUGUACUGUUUUGCCACUCGCAAAUUUCGACGGUUCAUCAUGGCUCACAUCAAGACACUGGCAAGGGGCGAGAGCUGCUCCCACACCGUUACCUCACAGAUAUCUUUAGACAGUCGGCACCAGAGCCAGAGAUUUCCCGAUGAGGUCAUCCAGCCAGAUCUCAACUGACUCGAACACACCCAAGUGACGGCUUGGGUGACGCCAGGGGGUCCUGUGUUGUCUAUCCAAGCCGUACAGCUAUUUUCUGGACUGCUUGUCCUGGGCGGGCCCAUCCCGGCUGACUUUGAGUCAUUGGAGGUCUGCAGCCUGGACUUGUCGUUAGCUAAUCACAAGGCACAUAUAGACAGACAACCUUCCACGCUCACAUCCACACCGUCACAGAGUGGGAACUGGAACAACUGUGCUUCUACCAAACUCAGACCACUACAUCAUCGGCGACUCUUCUUCUGUGGCCAUGUGAAAACAAUUUUGAAACUUGUUAGGUUAAAAAAACAGUCUGAUAAAUUAGAUCGGAUAAACAUUCCUGUUUUUGAAGGCCCUGCAGAGAUUCGGAUGACACGACAACCCAGAAAGGCUGAAAGCCGAUUGGACCACCAUCCGCGUGAACUGCAGGCAGCCAAGAGAGACGCUAUCAAUUAAAGAGAUUAGACUUCUGGGACUGAAUUAAUUCAAUUUAAGACGAGAGUUUUGUUUGUAAUAGUAGCAGAGAAAGCCCAGCUGCUCCUGACCAGAGCAACUGCUUUUUUUAUACGUAGACUGAAUUGCGCCAAUCUGACUUCCUGCAUCACGUAUACACAGAAAAGAAGAAGUUUUGCAAGCAGAAGUUUGUGAGAGUCAUUGGAAGUCUCAAUCUUUGUCUGACGAUAAUCCACCAAAAAAAAAACUGAAAAAAGUUCUCAAAUUAGUCAUAUAGCUUUUUAUUUUUACAUGGCGUCAGCAUUUCCCACCAAAACUGUAAGUUCUCACUCAGGCUUUUGGAAACCGCGGGCCUACGUGUUAUUUCAAAAUGCUUGCGGUGUGUUCUUCCGCUAACCACAACUUGUGGACAGUAGUUAGUCAACAAGUGAUUGUAUAAAUUAGAGUUCCCAUUCAUCUAAUCUAUCGUCUUAAUCAGAUUCAAUUCAUGGCAGAACUGAGUAGGUGCUGUCCGCAGUCACACUCGUAGCAUCCAGAUCUGUGUAGGUCAGGUUGGUGCUUGAGUAAUUCAUGUACACGUGUCCGUCAGUCACCGUGUGAGGAAGACCUCCGCUGUGGUGUAAAUAAAUACAUAGAUACGUUUUAAAUAA